AUGUUCUUCAACCCAGAGACUCGGAAACUCGUUAUCGCUGAGAGAGCAGUGUUUGAUAAGCGCUACUUCCCAGGCAGUACCCCUCAAGCGAUGAGGAGCUGUCCUGUGGCACCCCCCUCCUCCAUGCUGGUGGAUCCCCCUCGUGCUCCGGCACCGGUGUAUGUCCCUGAUGACGAUGGUGAUGAUGAGCAGCAACAGCCGCCUGCUUGUCCUCUCCCUGCACCACCAGUUCCCUCUCCUGCAGCCAGCAGUGAUGAUGAAAUCGACUUCUUGUGUCGAGCUCCACCACCUCCAUCUCCACCACCAGCUGGGGAUGCCCCGCUUCACCCUCUACCCUCGCCUCCUCCUCCCCAAUCUCCAAUUGGGGUGGCAGCUCGUCGUGCUGCUGCUGGCAUCCAUCGUGUCCCUGCACCACCCAGGAGGGCUCCAGCUCCAGCUGCAGCUCCUCCCAGGCGCACUAUGGCAGAGAUCUUUGAAGAGAUCCCUGAAGACCUCAGGUGA